AGGUAUUUCACAUGUUUGAAGUAAAUAAGGAGAGAAAAUGCUAGGUGCUCAUAACAAUUCAGCAGACCUGCAUGGAAACACACCUCUGCAUUAUGCUGCACAUGCUAAUGAUAUAAAUCAAGUGAACGAAAUUCUGAAGAGUGGAUGUAACAUUCUGAAUCGUAAUGGGAGCGGUCUCACUGCUUUGCACUUUGCAGCGUUUGGUGGCCAUGUGGAAAUAUUACAGAAACUCCUCAAUUAUGUUCCUCAAGCCAUAAAUAUACAGAGCAUCAAGGGUGCCAGCCUCAUGCAUGAAGCUGUACGUGGAAAGUGCAUUGAAGCUGUUAAAUUCCUGAUAGAUAUCGGAGCAAAUUUAAACCUACAAGACCAGGAUGGCAAUACUCCAUUACAUUUGGCGGGAUCAAUAAGGCCUGCUCGUGUGGCGUCUCUUAUCUCUCAAAGUCUCAUGCAAGGAGGAGCAGAUACCGGAAUGCGAAACAAGAACGGAGAGCAUUUCCUCUUUAAUGUUGUCAGAAGAGCAGCAAUGGAUCAUUCCCAGGAUGCAGAUCUCCUUGUUUCACUGGCUCUUCAAUACCAAACAGACUUGCUAAUCCGAAAUUGUGAUGGGUUCACUGUUUUGGAUGUGGCCAGAAUGGCAGCCCUCCCAGGAAUAGUCACCAGGAAAAUUCAGGACCGAACCCAGGCGCAACAAAAAGCGGUCUUGGAUAAGAGCUCUUUCCAGGGGCCAAGGAAUGUAAUUUUUGGACAGCCACACAAUCAUGAUGUAUCUCUGUCUCCAGAACAACUUCCCAGCCCUGAAUACCUUCCUUCUGUGUUAGCUUCCAACUUUAGGCUGGGUAGAAAGGCAAAACUUUUUAUCUGUGGACAUAGUAGAGUAGGAAAAACAACCUUUACCAACACACUAAGACAGACAGGUUUAAUUUCUAAGCUGCAGUAUCUUUUAAUUGACCCCAAGGCUCCUCCUUCCACCAAAGGUGUGUGUCUGUCACACACUGACUUGGAAGAUGACUCUGUAGUUAUUUGGGAUUUUGCUGGCCAGAUGGAGUAUUAUUUCACACACUCCCUUCUUCUUGCAACUGGUGGCGCAAACACAAUAUACUGUCUGAUUUUCAGCUUAAAGGGCAUUGAAAGUGACCAACAUGGUGGACAGAACCAGGCUAUCAAGCAGGUUAUCUUCUGGCUCCGUUUCCUAAGUGUAACUCGUCACUCUAAUGCGUGCCAUCACCUCAUCCUAAUUGGAAGCCACAUGGACACAUUAACAGAGGAGAACAGAUUAGAAAUAGCAAAUCGUUUCUUUUAUGGUGUAAUGGAUCAGGAGCUGGAGCUGUUUAACUGUUUCAAAAUACAGUUUUUUCCUAUAAAUUGUAAAAGCUUGACUGAUGUGGGGCCUGUAAGAGAAGAGCUAGGAAAGAUUGUUACCCAGACCUUACAGGAAAGCAUGGGUGAUACUAUACCCGUCGUCUGCCAGUUUGUCAUGGAGCAGAUAACACUUUUGCGCAGACAGAAGAUCCGAUUCCAGAGCUGGAACGACUUUGCCAAAAGUGUGACACAAGGCUUGUCAGAGCCACUUUGCACAAAUAUAUUGUUGACAGCAGUUGAAUAUCUACACAAUAUCUCUGAGUUGUUAUAUCUGUCACAUAGUUCUGCAGCCACAGCAAACCAAACCUUGAAUAUUAAUCUCAACUCUAUCGCUACGUGUCAACCAAAUACCGUGUCAAGGCACACAUCCCUCCAGCAUAUAAAACCUGUCAAUUCAACUUGCUUGGCCUUUGGAUUAUGUUCCUGUGGUUGUGGUACACCCUCUCCAUCAGGACUGGUUGUGUUAGAGGUGUCCUGGCUACUACAGGAGAUAUUUGGCACAUUUAGUAACUUCCUAUUAAGUCCAGCUUCUGGAAAAGAGAAAGAAUACUGGAGCCUUUCAGAGGUGGAGACUGCACUUGAGUUGAAAGAUGGGGAAGGUGACACUAAAGCUGCUGUACAGCUGCUCGAGACGCUAGAGUUGCUUUUACGAACGCCAGAUGGAUAUUAUGUGGUGCCUGCUUGGCUGAAACGUGGACAGCCUACAGAACAGGUGCAGUGGGAAAAUGUACGGGGAGUGGUAUAUCGCUGGCAAGAGACUAGUAGGGGACUGUUCAGCCAGUUCCUUAUUGGACAGCUGCAGGUUCGGCUUCUGGGUAAGUUUGGAUCAAAUCGGUGUCGCCUCUGGAGAGAGGGAGCUCGAUGUAUUGCAGAGGCCCUGUUGAGAGUUGAGGUAUCAGAAGACAGGCGUUCCCUAUACCUGCUUGGAAGUUGGCACAAAGAAUGCAAUGAGGGAGCCUGCUACAGGCUUUUAGAGAUGGUGGGAAGGGAUGUGGAGAGUUUGCUUAAGACAUUCCAAGAGCAAGGUUGGGAGAGGCUGCAUCUCAUCCCCAGAGAACUGUUCUCUUUCACUUUGGCUGAGGGGUUAGGUGGAUUUAGCUGGGAGCAGAUCUCAAAGGCGGAGGAAGAAGGCACAACUCUCUGUGGGAAAUACUCAGUGGUAUGGCCAUGGGAAGUACUGUUCCCCCAGCAUGAUAACAGAAUGCUGGCUCAUCUCGGAAGAAAGUGCAGCACACACUGGCUGGAGGGAAAUACACUUUCAAAGGUGUGCUGUAUGCUGGACAUCAUCCAUCCCUUGGGGUCAGAUUGGCGGAGGCUUGCUGAAGAAUUAGGGGGAGCUACUAAUAGUGUAGUCAUGGCUCUGAACGAUGAAGCUACCCGCAUAGUUUGCUCACCAACACGAUUGGUACUAGAGAGGUACCCAGUGUCCGUGGAAAAACUCAUGGAAGCCCUAAAGCAAAUGGAGAGGAUAGAUUGUCUGACUGAAGUAGAAGCUAUGAUGACACAACUAUGACCUUUAAGAGACAUCACAGCCUCUCAAGAUAUAUUGUUUGUGAAUGUUACUUAAUUGAAUUGUGAUCUGUGAUUGA